GAGAAAAUCACUCGCCAACUUGAGCGCCAGUAGAAGUUACCUCGACAUGGCUGACGCCGCCGCUGCGAAACUCGAAGAUGUUACCUUGACUGAAAAGGAAACCAAGCGUGUGCAAACGCGCUUGACCAAGGCCAGUGGCCCGGCGAUUGCUGACAGCCACAAGAUCGGAGGACCGUUUACGAUUGAACCGAACCCGGCCUUCUUGCAGCGUCGCAUUGCUGUCUAUGACCGUGUGAUGGCCAAGCAAAAGGAGGAAAUUGCUGCGCAACCUCGUAAGCCCAUCAAGAUCACCCUGCCCGAUGGGAACGUGAAGGAAGGCACUUCGUGGGAGACGACUCCUUUGGAUAUCGCAAAGGCGAUCUCGCAAGGCUUGGCGGAAUCCGUUGUAGUAGCAAAGGUCAAGUACGUUGGCAAGCCCAACGACCCGUUCAGCGUUACUGCUGCCGACAUCGACGGGAACGAGUCCCAGGAAGCCGACACGUGCUGCUGUGCCGGCGGAAGCGACCAAGUGGAAGAACUCUGGGAUGUGUUUCGUCCGUUGAUUGGAGACUGCAAGCUCCAGCUGCUCAAGUUCGAAGACCACGAAGGCAAGAUGGUGUUCUGGCACUCGAGUGCCCACGUGUUGGGCGAAGGGCUUGAAAUGCUCAAGGGGUGCCACUUGACCAUCGGACCUCCAGUGGAAGGCGGGUUCUAUUACGACUCGUACAUGGGUGACAACACGAUUGCGGAAACGGAAUUAAAGGAAAUCGAAAAGCGCGCGGCCCAAGUCGUCAAGGAAAAGCAGCCGUUCGAACGUAUUGUGUUGACCAAGGAAGAAGCGCUCGAACUGUUCGCGGACAAUGUGUUCAAGACCCAAAUUAUCAGCACCAAGAUUCCUGACGGCGGAAAAACUACAGCGUACCGCUGCGGGCCGUUGAUUGAUUUGUGCCGUGGGCCGCAUGUGCCCCACACGGGCAAGAUCAAGGCCCUCGCUGUCACUCGCACCUCCAGUACCUACUGGUUGGGCAAGACCACCAACGAUUCCCUCCAGCGCGUGUACGGCAUCAGUUUCCCUGACGCCAAGCAGCUGAAGGAGUGGAAGCAUUUCCAAGAAGAAGCCGCCAAGCGUGACCAUCGCCGCCUUGGUAUCCAAGAAGAGCUCUUCUUCUUCCACCAACUCAGUCCCGGGUGUUGUUUCUUUUUGCCCCACGGCGCCCGCGUCUACUUCAAGCUCCUCGAGUUUAUCCGCGCCGAGUACCGCAAGCGAGGGUACAACGAAGUCAUCACGCCCAACGUGUUCAACAUGGAUCUGUGGAAAACGUCUGGCCAUGCCGCGCUCUACAAGGACUGCAUGUUCGUAUUUGAUGUGGAGGGCCAAGAGUUUGCGAUGAAGCCGAUGAACUGCCCGUCCCACUGCCUCAUGUUCGACCACCGCAUGCGCUCGUACCGCGAGUUGCCGUGGCGCGUGGCCGAUUGUGGUGUGUUGCAUCGUAACGAACUGAGCGGUGCGUUGACCGGGCUCACCCGUGUGCGUCGCUUCCAGCAAGAUGAUGCGCACAUCUUCUGCCGUGAAGACCAGAUCACGCAAGAAGUGCUCAACUUUUUGCAAUUCAUGAAGUACGUGUACGACGUGUUCGGGCUCAAGUACAAACUGAAGCUCUCGACCAAGCCGGAGAAGGCGCUCGGGUCGGCGGAAUUGUGGGAGAAGGCCGAAGCGCAAUUGGCCAGUGCCAUGGACACGUUUGCCGGAAAAGGCAACUGGACCGUCGAUCCUGGUGAUGGCGCGUUCUACGGCCCUAAGAUCGAUUUCACCGUCACGGACGCGUUGAACCGUCAACAUCAAUGCGCGACGUGUCAAUUGGAUUUUCAAUUGCCGAUUCGUUUCGAUUUGAAAUACCGCAGCGACGGGAGCCAAGCUGGCGAAGAAAACUUUGCGCGACCCGUUAUGAUCCAUCGCGCCAUCUACGGGUCGUUGGAGCGCUUCAUUGCAAUGAUCACGGAACACUUUGCCGCCAAAUUCCCGUUCUGGUUGAGCCCGCGCCAAGUCCUGAUUGUAAGCGUCGGCGCUGCCUUCAACGACUACGCCCAUCAAGUACGCGAAGAAAUCUUCGCCCAUGGUUUUGAAGUCGAAGUGGACGACUCGAACAAGACGCUCAACAAGAAGAUCCGGGAAGGCCAAAUGUCGCACUUCAACUUUAUCUGCGUCGUCGGUGCUGAAGAACAAGAAAAGCACGCGGUCAACAUCCGCACGCGCGACAACAAGGUCCACGGGACCAAGUCGGUGGCCGACACGAUUGCCCUCUUCCGCCACUUGGCCGACAACAAAGUCAAGGACGAAGACCACCCCAACAACGACGAAACGAAACAGGCAUAAGCCCGUUGGCGACAAUAAUGCAUAUGCGGAUUCGAUCGCCCCAUUUCCAAACGUA